CCUGCCGCUCGAGCUCUCAGUAAACGGCUUUAAGGAUUUUUAAUGAAAACUUGUUUUUCUGUUUCUGCUAUGAAACACACUCACGUUGUGUUUUUAAAUCAACCACUUGUUUUCCUCCAAGUCGUCGACACAAACUAACGUUAUUUCAACCUGUUUGUAUCAACUGGUUCCCAUGGAGACGGAGGAUUAACUAACCCAACCUGGCUAACGCUAGCAAAGCCUGUCCAGCUGUCUGGUCCAGAGAUGGGGGAGCAGAGGGAGACAGGAGAAGGAGCAGAUUCCCAGGGGAACAGAGGAGGUAUCAGGUAUAUUACAGAGGCAUUGCUGUUAAAGCGGACUGGUUGUCAGUCUUUGGCUAUGGUUCGUUCCCUAAAUCUGUCAUCAACUGGAGACAAACGCAUCAAGUUCAUAGAGAACCUACAUGGCUGUCAGCGUCUGCAGGUUUUAAACUUGAACCACAACUUGAUCCAAAGAAUGGAGAGACUGAAUGCUCUCACACAGCUGAGAGAGCUGCAGCUGGCCCACAACAACAUCCAGCGGAUUGAAGGACUGGAACUCAUGUCCAGUCUGCAGCAUCUGAAUUUAUCCCACAACAGGAUCAACCACAUUCCUUUGUGGCUGCCGAAGAAACUGCACUCACUACACACACUCCACCUGCAACACAACCUCAUCACAUCUCUGUACGAAGUAUCAAGACUGCGAUCUCUGAGCAGCCUAUCAGAGCUGUCAGUAUCAGGAAACCCCGCCUCCUCGCUGCCACACUCCCGCUUCUUUCUGCUCUACCACGUCAGGACUCUGGACAGGCUGGACGACCUGCCAAUCACCCAGGAUGAGAGAAGAGACGCCCACCAACGCUUCAGCGCCAAGGAGCUGGAGCGUCUGCAGCAUGAGGUGGACAGCAGCCAAUCAGAACUUAACAGGCUGCAGAGGGAGCAGCUGGCUGCAGUGACUCAACUCCACCAGCAGGAGGAGACAAACCAAAUACUGACUGCUUACACAGAAACACAACAACACACACACACACUGCGGGAGCAGGAGCUACACACCAAGAGUCAGCUGUUGGAAAAGACGACAGCUGAGCUGACCAGAGCCUUACAUAGACUGUAUGAGCUGGAGCAGGAGUUGACUUUCUACAAGAUAGAUGCCAAACUUAACCCUCUGCCCCCAUGCAACAUACAGGAAGUAGUCAUUGUGGACUCUAUAGCUGAGAGUCCAUACAUUGGGAAGGCUCUAAACAUCAGAAACACCAUCACCUCCGCUCCCCAAAACUCCUCAUCCUCCUUCCUGCAGACACAGGAGGGUUCAGACCUUCACACUGACAUGGUAACAUCACACCCCUUUCUGGAGGACUGCAAAACAGAGCAUACUAAAUGUGAAGUUGACCUGCAGUUGACAGAGCUGCAGACAGAACGCAAACACAGAGUGCCCAAGGAAACCAAAUCACGACAGCAGGAGGUGCUGUGUAGUCUCUUCAGUAAACUGUCCGUCCUGGAACAGCUGAGAGACGAAGCUGACGAGACAAAAAGACAGAUGGACAGACAGACCGAAGAGAAUAGGAAGGCAGAGAGAGUUACAGAAGAGCUGGAGACACAACUACUGACACUGGACACCACAGACCCUCAACAUGCCCACGUGACCGCCCGGCUGUCCAGUUGGAGACAGCUGUUGGACAGGAUGAAUGGGAAGCAGAGCGAGCUAGAGGGUCGCCUAGACGACAUGCUGUCACGCAUUGCCAUGGAGACUCAGGAGAUCAAAGAGCUGGAGCAACAGCUCACUGACGGUCAGAUUUUGGCUAAUGAAGCUCUUCAGAGGGAUUUAGAGGGAAUCAUUUCUGGACUUCAGGAGUAUCUGAGAGGAAUUAGAAAGCAGGCUCAUCAUGCUCAGCAGCAGGUUUACAGUCUUCAGGCUGAAAACCAGAGUCUGCAGCUCCAUCUGGAGGACACUCAGGUACACUGCAGACAGCUGGAGGACACUGCCAGGGCACACAGACAGGACAUGUCCGUCCAGCAGGAGAAGCAGUCUGUGUUGCGGACAGAGGCCGAGGCUCUGAGAGACAGACAGGUGGACCUGGAGGCAGAGCUCCAGCAGCUGAAGGAAGCGCUAACCCAACAGAUCACAAUGGGACAGCUAGAGUGUGAUGCUGUAGACAAAGAGAAACAUACCAGAGAGAUCAGAGAGUCUCAGCUACAGUCAACCAUCGAGACACUGCAUGAUGAGAAAUUAUCUUUACAGCAAGUAGUCGAGAGACUUCAGGUCCAACGAGACCAGACCAAAGCCCGCUUACACCAGACGAGAAGCCAGUAUAAAGACACUAGGACCCAAAUAGACCAGACAAGAAUUCAGCUAGAUCAGAUUACAGCUACCAUGUUGGAGGUUCAGAGUGGACCAGAGGACAAGUACAGCAAUCCUGUCAGUCCUGAGGACAUGUUGUCCAUGAGUGUAGAGCAGCUCCACAGGGCCAUUCAACAGACCAGAACCAUCACAGAACAGCUCCAACAAGACCAGAACCAAAGCCAGAAACAGAUAGCCAGACUGCAGGCCCAGCUAGCCCAGGAUGAGGACCACAUAGCUCAGCUGAAAACCCAGGUAACCCAGGAUCAAGACCAGAUAGCCCAACUGGAAGCUCAGGUGACCCAGGAUCAAGACCACAUAACCCGGCUGGAAGCCCAGGUGUCCCAGGAUCAGGACCAAGCAGCCCAGUUGGAAGCCCAGGUGAUAGGCGGUGUGGAGCAGGACCAGGAGCCAGACUGGAGGCUACAGGAGGAACUGGAGAGAUGGAGAGUCAGACUGCAUAGGUCUCAGAGCAGAAACAGACACAUUCAACACAAACUGGAGGAGGAACUGAAGCAGAGCACUCUGCAGCUGCAGGACGUCCAGCAGGAGAGAGAUGCGCUGCUACAACAGCUACGUUCACAGAGCGAUUGUCAUCAGAGAAGCCUCAGACAUCUGAACAGAAAACUACGGCAGCUCAGCAGGUCCAUGUGUGACUCGGAUCAGCUGACAGCGGAACAGCUGAAGUCAGCCUCCGAACAGCUGAGAGCUCUGAACCACAUGGUGGAGAACUCUGUGGAGGAGCUUGACGGCAGCUUUCAACAACCUGAAGGAAUAUCAGAGAGACAGAAUAAACACACACCGGCGCUGCAGUCUGAACACACUCGCACGGUGGAGGAGCUGAGGGCGAAGCUGGAUAAAGCUCAGAGACAUACACGCAGACUGAAACAGAAGCUGGACCGGACCAGGAUCAGAACCAGAACCAGAGAUGGAGGACAGUGGUGCUUCAUACCUCCUGGACACAGUGCUCUCAGUCUGGGCUCUCUGGGGACUCAGGACUCUGGUUUGGGGCUGCAGUACCUCAGUUCUCCUGAGAGGGAGCGACAGCAGGACAGACCUCCCACAGGAGGAGGGUACUGGGUCUACAUUCCCACAACAAACACAGACUCUGACACAGCAGCGGCCGAGUGGAGGGACAGCGGAGGAGGCAGUGAUGCUGACAGAAGCUCCAGAGAACAAACUCCUCCUCCCCCUCCCCCUCCCCCUCCUGCCCCAGGUGCAGCUGUCUUUGCUGGGCUAUCUGACGGCCUGACUCCCCUGGUUGGACCUGCCUGGCUCCUCUGUGGUUCACCCGCAGCUGUUGUCUGCAGUCCUCCAGGAGGUGGUGCUGCACUGCACUGUAACAUCCGAGAACACAGAGACACGCAGGGAGACAGGUGUGUUUGUGAGUCUCUGCACAAGAUAGAGCGACUGGAAAGAGAGAAAAAAACUACGUUGGAAACCAAAACACUAAGACACACAGCCCGCUCACAUAGCAGUGUGUCGCAGGUGUGUGAUGAGGUGGAGUGUGUGGAGAAAACUCUGCUGAAGAGACGAGCUGAACUCCGGCAGGCUGACAGACUGCUGCUGGAGGCUCAAAGCUCCAUACGCACUGCCAGAGACAAGGCCAGCUCAGCCCAGCGGGAGGCCGAUGUGUUACAGCGCUCAGCUCAAGACAGUGCCAUCUUUCUGCUGGAGACCACGCAGCUUGUCAGAGCGCUGCAGGAGGAUGAGGUGGAGGAGCUGAGGAGGAGACAGGAGAAGGAGCAGACGCUGACGGAGGUGGAAGAAGCAGUGAGGGGCAGAGAGCAGGAGUUCCAACGACUCUCCAUAAAAAUACACUCGGCUUCAGACAGAUUAUCUGACAUGCAGUCUGAUCUUCAAGAAUCUCAGGAGCAUCUAGACUCCCUCAACAUUCAGGUGAAGCAGCAGGAGCAGAGGCUGGUUCAGAGAAACCAGGAGCAUCAAACAGCUGUGAACAGAGUGGAGGAGGUCAGAGAGGAGGAACGACGACUGCAGAACAGAGCCAAGGAGCUGUUGCAGCAGCAUGAGACUCUGUUGAGAAAAAAGAGCUCUACAGUUUCUGCUAUGAGAGAGGACGAACUGAAGCUGAUCACAGUGCAGUCUGAUCUCAAUACACACAGAACCGAGCUAAAACAGGUUCUUCAGCAGUUACUUGUAGAGCAGCAGGCGCUGGAGGAAGUAAAAACCAAACACACUCAGAGUCUCCAGCGGCUCCACAAAAAGCAGGGCCAGCUGAAGAGAAUACAGGUCAAGGUGGACAGGACGAAGGAUGAACUGGACAGAAUACAGGUCGAGGCAGACAAGAAAAGGGAUGAGUUAGAUGGGACACUGCAUGAAAUUGACAAGAGUAAAAACGAGCUGGAAAACAAGAAGGAGGAGGUGAACAGGAAGAUUGAGGAAUUUGACAGGAAAAGGGAGAAGAUGGCUGAGCUGCAACAGAAAGUUGAGUCCCACAAAAAGGAGACCGAGAUCUGUCAGAAAGAGACAAAACAACAGAAAACAGAACUGCAGGAGCUGCAAGAGGAGCUGAGCAGGAGGAGGGAGGAGAGGCGCAGUCUGCAGGAGCAGUGUAAACAUCUGGAGGCCAGACGGAGGCACGCUGACAGGAGUCUGUCAGCAGUGGAGAUGGAGCUUACUAAACAGAGGGAGGAGCACAGCCACGCCCAGCUUCUCAAACAGGAAGGGGUCAGAAAUAUAGCAGCCAAUCAGGAGGAAUUUAAAAAGAACUCAGAACUGUUGUCUCUGCUCAGUGAACAGGUGGAGGAGAGGAAGAAGCACCUGCAGGCUCUGGAACAGGAAAUGCUUGUGUGCAGUCAGCAGCAGCAGCAGAGAGCAGAACACCUGAAAGAGCUGGACAGCCAGAUAGAAGAUAAACAGGCAGUGUGUGUUGGACUGGACGACUUUAAAGCUGCAGUGUCACAGUUGGAUGACAGGGAGCGCCGUCUGAUCCAACAGCAGCUGCAGCUCAACCAGCUCAAGGAGGAGCUGUGGCAGAGAGAAAAAAAGCUGAUUCAUAAGGAGGAGGAGCUAAUACAGCAGGAGGAGGAGCUAAAACAGCAAGAGGAGGAGCUAAAACAGCAAGAGGAGGAGCUAAAACAGCAAGAGGAGGAGCUACAGCUGAAAGAGGAGGGACUGCAAAAGAAACGUGAGGAGCUUCGAGUGAAAGAGGACGAACAACACAAGACAGAAGAGGACGAGUUUUACUCUGUUACAGCUGGUCUGACAGCCUUCAGUUCUGAGGAGGAGAGGUGGAAGGUUGAACUGCAGAGAGAAAAACUGAAACAACAAGAGGACCGACUAAAGGCUCGUCUGCACUGCAGUUUGUGGAACCAGCAGGAGAAUAUGAAGGUGAGACGACUGGAGGCUGAGGAGAGUUUACUGGAACUGAAACACCGACUGGACCAGCUGGACUCACUGCUAACACACACUCCAUAACAGACACACACACACACACAAAUUUCAAACAUUAAGGUUUGUUUCAUCAGGAUGGAAACAUGUCUGUCUGGACUAAAGUGGAACUUUAUGGAUUUAUUUGUCAAAACAGUUCAUUUAGUAAUUUAGCAGCUGUUCUGGAGUGUUCUAUUGUAUCAGGUGGCACUGCCCAGUUAUCUUCGAUGUUCAAAUGUUCUUUAAGCAACAGACGUACAUUUAGUUGAGUGAACAUUAACUCCUCGUCACUGAAGACCUUUUUCUGCUGAAACCAGUGGCAUACAUAAAGUAGCGACGACGGGCCCUAGUGCACGCUAGUUACUAGUUAUGAAACACACAAACAAAUACACACACACACACAACAAACCAUUAGGCUUGCUGAUGUGCUCAGUUAGUCUUGACAGAUUUAGCAAAAAACUAGCUAUACAUGUCUCGUCACAUGAUCAAAUGGAUUGGACAAUAUCAACAUACAUAUUACCCAGCAAUUAUCACUGCUAAUCUUUGUACGACAAAAAUUGUCACCUUUAAGUGAAAAUCGCAGUUUUUAAUUAUUUAAUUAUCAUUUUUUGUAAUUCUUGUUGAUCCAAUUAGUUUAUGUAUUUAAGUGUCCUGAAUUGAUGUUGCCCUUACAUUUGUGGCAGUAAUUACAUAAUUUUUAUUAGUUUUUUAUAAUUUAUGUAGAAUAGUCAUAUAAUUAAAAUUUUAUUAAAUUGGCUUUGACUAUUUUACAAAGAAAAAUGCAAAUUAUGGAGACCAGUUUUUUAUUUAAAAACAGUUAUUUAAACACAGGCGUAUUUCCGAGGUGUCAAUCUGAAUCACUCUCAAGUCCCUGUCACUCUGCCCAACACGUUGUUGGAGGGCCCCCUCUGUAUGUCUGUUUUUGCCACGGACUACUCAUAUUGGUUUUAUUACAUUAUGGAAAGGACUCCAGUGCAUCAUCAUUGGUCCGAAUCAGUUGAUGAGUUUGUUAACUUGGAGUGUUG